AUGAAUACAAACACUGGUUUCAGAGGCGACAACACAUCACAAUCUCAAAGGGAAAAUUUACUCAAUUCCAUACAAUCUGACAACACGUCUUCAUGUAGUCAUUUACGAGACCUAAUAAGAAGAGCGUAUUAUACUUUCCGUCAAAUGUGUUCCUGUAUUAGACCUCAGGAGCAGAUGACUGACCACCAAAUGGAUGCCAAAGACAAUAGAAGUGCCAAACGGCGUAAACUAUCCAAUGGAUACGAGUUAACGAAAGUUGAUAUCGAUUACGAGAACCCUAUUUCGUUCUCAUCGGGUGUUAAAGCAAUAGAGUCUCAACCAAUGCCCGGACCAGUGGUUCCCGAAUCGGACAGCGAUGUUAAGUUGACGUUGCCUUCAAAAGAAAUAUCUGCAAAGUUUAUCCAACAAAACAAGAGAAAUAAAAACAAAAACUCUAACAAAAGAGGCAAAAAUGGCAAUAAAUCGUAUGAAUCCGGCGACCCAAUUGUAAUCCCAGAUCUUCGCCCAUAUAAUGUAGUGAAGGGCGUCUGUGGUCUCCGAAACCUCGGGAACACAUGUUAUAUGAAUAGCGGUCUUCAAUGUCUCGUUAAUAUCGCACUUUUCAAUGAGUUUAUGACUCAAGACUUGAAGAUUUUUUUGGUGGGUUUUAAGCAAACAUCACAACAAAAAUCAUUGACUGAAUUAAUGGCUGAACUCAUGGAAGAGAUGUUGUCUUCGAAGUCUCAAUCCGUUUCGCCGAUUAAUUUUCGGCGAAAAGUGGCCAAAACUUUCGAUAUAUUCAGUAAUAAUGAACAAAACGAUUGCUUCCAAUUUGUGGUCACAAUUCUGGAUCAGUUUCACAAUGAAUUGCUUGAAAUGAAUCAAUACGGAUAUCAGUCGCACGAGAAUGCCAUUGAAUACAACAAUUUUGACGAUUAUUUAAAAUUUAAUAACACUUUUAUUUCCCGUAAUUUUCACGGCUUCCUCCGACUGAACGUUGAGUGCGAUUGCGGCCAAACUAUUGCCACAAAUUAUCCGCCGUUUUCUAUCAUUAGUUUACCACAAAUUGAUUGCAAUGAUGUGGUUGUGAGGGAAGUGUCACUAAUUAGACAUAAUAGUCAAAGAGUGGAGAAAAUGCGGUUGAGAUUCACAAAGAGAGAGAUUCUUAUCAGUCAAUUGAUUAAAACAUUGACAAAAACCUACUAUGAAAUCACCAAAAACUCUUUGAUCGACAAUCAACUCAUCGUUUGUAAAUUCUGGAGCGGUGGAGAUAUCUAUGUCUAUGAAAUUGAUCCGUCGUUUACGAGACACUAUUUCGUGUCAUUUCGUGACAAUCGUGGGAUUACUUUUGGCACACCAUUGCUGUUGAAUGUAAAUGACAGCCAAUAUUCAACAAUUGAGUCCACAUUUGUUGCACUGAUUGUUAAUAAUUUGCCAAACAUUCAAAGUAACCCCGAUUUGACAAAUUUACAAUUUCUCUAUUGUGACGGCGAGUAUUUGAUUGAGAAUUGGUCCCAAGAAUUACCUAAUACUAUGGCCUCAUUUCUGGCCACCGAUAUGGACAAUGAGUUGAUACAGUUGUGUCUCAACUUUUACCAAGUAGUUAAUACCAAUCAGUCAAGUAGUCCGCAAUCCUCAUACAGGAUCCCAACGGUCGUAACACUGUAUGAUUGUAUCAAUCAAUACCUGUCUUACCAGAAAAGUGACGAUAAAUGUGCCGAUUGUCGGACACGUAAACUAACGGGCGGUCAAACCGUCGACACAUUUUCAAGCCUGUCGUACGCUAUACUACACGCGCCUAAUGUAUUGCUAUUGCAGUUAAAGUCAAACCCCAGACAGCGAUAUAACUGUCAGUUUCCUCUCGUAUUGGAUCUGAAGAGUUAUGUGACAAAUGGCCGCUCAUAUGAUGGACAGUAUGUCUACGAUUUGGUGGCCGUCUCUAACUAUAGUGGUUCCUCUAAUAGCGGACACUAUACCGCUUACGCCAAGAGUUGUCUCAACAAUAAUUGGUAUGAAAUUAACGAUUCAUUUGUGGAUCAGAUGGAUGUGAGACGACUUCAAAUGUCAACAAAAAUGCAAUCAAUAAUUGGUUAUUCCGUAUCAUUGCUGACAUCACCGCCGGUGGAGCCGCCGAUGGAUGAGUUGAGCGAACAAUUAGCGGUUCGCGAGCGAGUCAUCGGGCGGUCUGUCGACCGGAAAGAGUUGGACGCAAGCGAUGAGGAGUUGGAGGCGUUGGUGGUGUCCAUCGGCACAUCAUUGGCGGCAUCUUUAGUGGACAAUCAUACUGUUUUGCUCCAACUCUGUGCUGAUGCGGUCGGCGGCGCUGUCAAUGGUCUCUUCCCGUGUCGACAAUUGUCGAAUCCCUUCGGCCGCGGCGGCCGUUUUGUCUUCGGCUAA